GCUGUUGGAAAAACAGAGAAAGCUCCGCUCCAUUCUCGCUGAAAAAAGAAGAGAAAGCGCCGCUCCAUGGCCGUUGGCUCUAUAUCCAUUGAAAAAAGCAGAGCCGUUGAGAAAAGCUUCAUGGCCGAUGGCCCCAUAGCCGUUGAUAAAAGCUUCAUGGCCGUUGGCUCCAUGGCCAUUGAAAAAAGUUCCAUGGCUUUCACUGCUUAUAUAUAUAUGGCUGGGUGAUCUGAGAAACCGGCAGACUGUUUGUUUAGUUUCCUGCAAGUUCCCUCGCCCGCGUGGAGAAGCCCUUCCCGUGGUGAUGGCGAUGGCGACUUCAACAGUGAGGGCUUGUCCGAGAGAGUGAUGGCGCCCAUGCUUCCACAUUUGUUUAAUUUGUCGUCCAUGCUUCAAGAUUUCCUCACCAGAAUGCGCAAUAUGACCUGUGCCCUGCAUCCGCUCCGACGCCACAGGGCUCAUCCGCAUCGCCAAUCAUCUGCGGAGGAAUGUUGUAAGUCCCAGCGCCUCCAAAGGAAUUCUUGAAAAUGAUUUUGAAAACCGACAAAAUUUGCAGAGAUAGAAGAAUUCUUAGCCAAUAUAAGAGAGGGCAGAAACCAGGUUACUGAAACUUAAAGCUCUGAAAAUGGGAGCAUGUUGAACGCAUUGUUAGAGAUGGUGUAGCUUCUGGAAGACUGCAAUGGUUCAGGCCAGAUAUGUAGAUAGUAUAAAGCAGGCAUUUAGCAAAUACCUGCUUAUGCUAUGUAGUAGUGGUGAUGAUGAGGAGGAAGAGAAAAGAAGCAAAACUACAUAUAACAAGCACAAGGAAAUACAGCAGGUAGUAGUGAUGAUGAUGAUGAGGAAGAGAAAAGAAGCAAAACUACAUAUCACAAGCACCAGGAAAUACAGCAGGAGAGCAGCCACAUAUUGAUAUUGUCCGGAUCUGGCAUUAUUUGAUUACUAUAUUCAUAAAAUCUUUGCCAUGUCUGUAGACUGGCACCUAGAGUGUAGAGUGAUCUGUAGACUGACACACAGAGUGCAGAAUAUCUCAAUUGUUAUUGGAGUCAAUGCAGAGCAAAUUUUAAUUUUUACUGUUUGAUUCUUGAAUCAGUUGCUUAAAUUGGUCAACUUAUUUGUAAACCGGUAUGUAUAUAGAUUUGUUGUUUAAUAAAAGAAAUUAUUUAGGAGGGUUUGAAUUGGCCCCUCCUCAAGGCUGCA